AUGUCAUAUUUGGACCAAGAAGAAGUGCAGGACUGGAGUUUGUUCGCAGAGCUCGCCGUGAAGCGCGGUGACAAGAGCUUUGAGCCGGUCUACGAUGGUAGCCUACUUUCACAGUACGACGUCGACGCCCUCGAGAAACAGCGGAGCAUCAUGUACCAUGCUUUGUGCCAACCGCGAGGGUUCCUCUCCCAGCCAGAGAAGCUCAUUUCCUCCACCAUUAGAUUGGGAAUAGGAGCAUAUAUUGAUCAACCCAGAGGCAAGUAUUUGGAGACGAUGGGGAGAAUAGACCGGUCUGGAAGAUGUCAUCUCAACUUCGAGGAGGCACUGUAUCUGGUGGAGAGAGGAACCUGCGUGGCAAAGAAGGAGGACUCUGAACGUAUUUUAUCAUUGCAAGAAGUCUACGGCAGCCUUAUUACCAAUUCGGAACAGUACGAUCAGCUACUUGUAUACUCGCUGCUUAAGAGAAACGGAUACAUAGUCCUGCGAGCAACGCAACACGCUGCGGAAUGCCAUAACCCAACUAGAUUCCGCUACGGCUCGAUGUUCUUGAACUUUGUGGUAUCGUUUUUUGGCCUCAAAUUCCUCCCUUUUCGCUCAAUUUUCAACUACCUACACUCGCUCAUAGCUCCCAAAAAAUUCCACCCGAGCCCAAACCCCAAUUGGCAGCCAGUCUAUGACGUCUGGAAGCCAUUCAAGGGCUUCAAAAAAAGCAAGCCGCCCGUCCCGCAUUUCCAGGUCGUCAUUGUGUCUGCAACGGAUCAAAUGCCAGAAAUUGAGACUCUCAAACAGCAUCUGCACGAGUCGCCGUCUUUGCUGGUGGCAGUUGUUGACAACGGCAUCGUGAAUUUCUAUAACCUCGCGCAGAUGGACUUUAACCGGCUGGGAAUCGCAUGGAAGGACUCCUGGGGGUACAACCGCACGCUCUGGUCGCUGGCUCGUCGUCUACUUAUAGGUAAAAAAUAA